AUGUUAAUGGAGGUACGCCGGAAAAAAAGCAUAACUACGCUGCCAAGUUACGCUUCUUCGUACAUAGAUGAUUUUAAAGGGGAUUUCCCUUUAAAAACCAUUUCUGAGAUCAUAGAACCACUCAAAGCAAUGAAAUUUGUAUUAGUUGGUAAGAUUGUCAAUAUAAGACAGAAUCUACCUUGGUGUUAUGAAGCGUGCUACAAAUGUGGGAAAAAGAUAAACGAAGUGCCCAAACCAAAUCUGUCUUAUACUGCCCCCGACAACAUCUCAGAAAGUGUUGUUAUUCAGUGUAAAGAUCCAGUUUGCAAUGACGAGAAUUUUCAUGUUGUUUUAAAGUAUAUAAUUCCUAUCAACGUGCAAGAUCAUACCGGCACCAUUGGAUUUACUCUUUUUGAUAGGGAAGCAAAAAGAUUGUUGGAUAUAAGUGCAUAUGAGUUGAAAAAAUUACAUGAAGAGGUUGGAGACAGUAUGCAACUUUUUCCAAACCAAAUGAACGUAUUGAAAAACCGCAAAUUUGCGUUUCUUGUUGAUAUUACAUCCUACAACGUCAACAACUAUAAUAAUAUCUAUAGCGUUGUCAAAAUUACAGAGGAUGUGGACAUUGUUUCCCAUUUGGAAAGUAAACUAGAAAUUUUGACUACUCAAUCAGUGUCCUUAAAUGAAGUACCCCUUAAAUCAGAUGAUGUUGUUCAGAAUGUUCAAAAGGAUGUCAUAUCACAAACAGAUGAGAGUUUUACUCCAUCAACAGUUGAUAAAUCAUCUGCAACCAGUCCGCUGAAAAUAUCAACUGAUUUGAAGCGCAACCUCCAUGACAUUUAUGACAUUGAUUCUGGAGGUGAUUUGAGUUCGACAAAAUCUAAAAGAAAAUCAAUCGGAGAGGGAAAUACACUUUUAGUUCCUAAAGUGGAAAAGUGA